GUGGGAGCUGCUGGGCUGUAUUUGUUACGAGUAGAGUGGAGCGGUGCUGACCAGACCAGAGGAGCGCUCUUCUCUGCUUGCACAGAGACUUCCAGAGUGGAAUAAAGAAUGGCUGUUGAACAUCCACAAGGCCCCUGCAAGACUGUGAAUCAAGGUUGAGACCAAGAAUUAUUUCUGAAAAAGGAUAUUUAUGGAAUAGAAUCAUCCUGAUGGGAGAUAAUGGAAAGACUUGUAAAAAACAGCAUUGAGUGUUCAAGUUUCAGAGGUGAUUGGGAAUGUAAAAGCCAGUUUGAGAGAAAACAGGAAUCUCAGGAAGGACAUUUCAGUCAAAUGAUAUUUACUCCUGAAGACAUGCCCACUUUCAAUACCCAGCAUCAGAGAAUUCAUACUGAUGAGAAACUCCUUGAAUGUAAGGAAUGUGGGAAGGAUUUUAGUUUUGUAUCAGUCCUUAUUCGACAUCAGCGAAUUCAUACUGGUGAGAAACCUUAUGAAUGUAAAGAAUGUGGCAAGGCCUUUGGUAGCGGUGCAAACCUUGCUUACCAUCAAAGAAUUCAUACGGGUGAGAAACCUUAUGAAUGUAGUGAAUGUGGGAAGGCCUUUGGUAGCGGCUCAAACCUUACUCACCAUCAGCGAAUUCAUACUGGUGAGAAACCAUAUGAAUGUAAGGAAUGUGGGAAAGCCUUUAGUUUUGGAUCAGGUCUUAUUCGACAUCAGAUAAUUCAUAGUGGUGAAAAGCCUUAUGAGUGUAAGGAAUGUGGGAAGUCUUUUAGUUUUGAAUCAGCCCUUACUCGGCAUCACAGAAUUCACACAGGUGAGAAACCUUAUGAAUGUAAGGAUUGUGGGAAGGCCUUCGGUAGUGGUUCAAAUCUUACUCAACAUCGAAGGAUUCAUACUGGUGAGAAACCUUACGAAUGUAAAGCAUGUGGAAUGUCCUUUAGUAGUGGUUCAGCCCUUACUCGGCAUCAGAGAAUUCAUACUGGUGAGAAACCAUAUGUGUGUAAUGAAUGUGGGAAAGCUUUUAGUUUUGGAUCAGCCCUUACUCGACAUCAAAGAAUUCAUACUGGUGAGAAACCUUAUGUUUGUAAGGAAUGUGGAAAGGCUUUCAAUAGUGGCUCAGAUCUCACUCAACAUCAGAGAAUUCACACUGGUGAGAAACCGUAUGAGUGUAGGGAAUGUGAGAAAGCCUUUAGAAGUGGUUCAAAACUUAUCCAACAUCAAAGAAUGCACACUGGUGAGAAACCCUAUGAGUGUAAGGAAUGUAGAAAGGCCUUUAGUAGUGGUUCAGACCUCUCUCAACAUCAGAGAAUUCAUACUGGUGAGAAACCCUAUGAAUGUAAGGAAUGUGGGAAGGCUUUUGGUAGUGGCUCAAAACUUAUUCAACAUCAGCUAAUUCACACUGGUGAAAAACCCUAUGAAUGUAAAGAAUGCAGAAAGUCCUUUAGUAGUGGCUCAGCUCUUAAUCGGCACCAGAGAAUACACACUGGUCAGAAACCCUAUGAAUGUAACGAAUGUGACAAGGCUUUUGGUACUGGCUCAAGCCUUACUCAACAUCAGAGAAUUCAUACUGGUCAGAAGCAUUAUGAAUGUAAAGGAUGUGGGAUGGCUUUUGGGAGGGUUUCAGAAGUUCAGCAACAUAAGAAACGUCAUGCUAAUGAGAAGCUCUCUGAAUUGGAAACUCUAUAAAUUGAAAUUAUAUGGUUAAGGAAGCACACAACACAUAAAUUCAUACUAGUGAGAGUCUCUACAAAUGUAAUUAAGGUACAAAUGCCUUACUUAUACAUAAUCAGUUAGUCAGUUGGAGGAAAUUCAGACAAAAAAACACCAAAUAAGAUAUUUAAAGAUUUUUAUCUAAAUUCAUUCUUUCAUUACUUUCAGAAAAUUCAUACUUGUGAAUAUUAAACAUUGAAACCCUUUUUAUUAUAUGUUGUCUUUAUUUUAAGCCUUGAAAUUUAUUUUGGGGCUAACCCUGCUACUUUCUUUUUAAUAUUUUUAAUUUUUAUGGGUUUUAACAGAAUUGCUGAUCCAUUUCAGAAUUAUUUUAAAUUAUUAUUGAAGGUCUAAAUUUACCCCUUUUCUCCCUCCCUCAUUUCUCAUCCUAACACCAUUUAUUCAAUACACAUAUCUAUUUUUGUAUUUUUUAUUGCCUUUUGAUGGUAAGUUAUAUUUUUAUACAUGUAAAGUUUGGAUAUCAAGUCAGCCUUUGUUUUUUAAAUUUGCAUAUCUGUGUUUGUAUCUGUGUUUUACUCUGUUUGUGUUAAGUUACUGUUACUUUUAAGUAUCCUUUAGUAUCUUAUGGAUGUGUACUUUUUGUUUCAGAAGAUUGUUUUAUUUACCUUUUAUAAAUUUUAUAUUCUCCUUUUUGCAGAACAAUUUUCCUCCAUAAAAUGUAGAUAUGAAUUUUAAAAAAUGGAUACAGUUAUCUGUAGUCUUACAGUCAUAGACAAUCACAGUCAAGUUUUUGGGAAAAAUCCUUUAAAAUUAUAUCUGGCUUUGUUUUCGAAAGAAAGUGUGAUUAUUCUACAACCAGCCUUUAAUAUUCUUUGUCUGUAAAUAUAUUGUUACUAUUUUAUUGGCUUGAAAAUAUUCAACUGUUUUUAUCAAACCCUAUUUUGUCAAAUACUGAAAAUCUUGCCAUUAUAAAGAGUUACCUGGUUGGCC